GUCUUUUUCACAUGGGUCAAAAUGAGAGCUCGUUGAAGACACAAGGAGUUCAUGACGCAAGCCAAGAAGAUUCCCAAAAGUUAUAUGACUCUUUUACCUCCGUAUCCCCGUCAGCCUUGUCAUCCAUUCGAUCCAAAGCUGACCUGAAGCAUAUCAAGAGUCGGCUUUCGAAAUGGGAGUUGCGAUCACUUUAUGCGGCAUUCAACGAUUUAAAGACAACAUUUUCAGACAACUUUGAGUGCAUCGAAUUGAAGAAAUUUCUGGAUGUACUCGAGCUUCCUGCGUCAGUGGAACCGGCUGGUAUUUUACUGUUUAAGUCCUUUUCAUAUCUGGCAUCCUUUCCAAAGUGUGAUGAGGCUGGUCCUAUACCGUUAACUUUGGAUGGUUUUCUUACUGCCUUUGUCAUUAUGACUGGGAAGCUGGAAAAAGAUCAAACGCUCGGCGCCAAAUUUGAGGAUUUCUUUCUGGAAUCAAUUGCAGUUCUACCUGCAACUAUAAAAGGAGAGGUCUCAGAUGGUGUACCAGCUAAUGCUUCUCAAGAAGAACCCCAAAUGGAAGAUGAUAGCGAAAUAAAACCUGCAGCCAGCAGAGGGCUAAGUUUAGCUGAUCUCGGGGUGAACUUUGAUGAUGACGAUCAACUCAAAGACGCUACCGAAGCAGACGACAAUGAAGAAGAUGAAAAUAAUGUUCAAAUUUUAUGCCGAGAUAUCUCAACUAUCUUAGCAUUUCUUCUUUGGAUAGUCAGAGUGGAGUGGGAAGAGACACCGUACCCUGUUCAAGGCAACAAUUCUUGUGAAGAAGAAAUCAAAAUGGCUGACAACAUAGUCGCUAGUAUAUCUAGCAUCCCUCCUACAGAUUAUGAUUCCGAUUUGCCUUGUAUAUCACUGUCACAUUUUCGACAAUGGAGGAAUCAGAAUGCCCCAAACCUGUUCAAGAGCUUACAGUCUUUUAUCUACAACAAGUUUGCAAUGUAUGAACACCCUACUGUUCAUAGUUCCACUAGUCGAUCUGAAAUUGUGAUGAGCGCAGAUGUUACGCCAAAACCAGAUAAAACAGAACUGCUAACGACCAUGUAUGCUGCUAUGAUUAGCUGGAAUCUCCCGGAAAAUGCCAUGUCUCAAAAGCAAUGGAAUUUAUUGUACAACGCCGAUAGUGACGGAUACGCCAUGAACAAUUUUAUCUCCCACGUCUUCAAAUACCCUGGUCCCACUCUUUUGAUACUGCAAGUAGAAGCUAUUGGUACGGCAACAUCCUCAUUAUCAUUAUCAUCAUCGUAUCAAGAAUUAUCAUCAUCAGCUUCGGCCCCGAAGCAUGGAAGCUCACCUUUGCGACGAUUCUCUUCUUCCGCUCAGCUUUUGAAUACACCUAAGAGUAUGCUAUUAGGUGCAUAUAUACCAGAGCCAUGGAAACAGCCAAAGCAGUAUUGGGGCAGUUCCGAAUGCUUUGUUUAUGAGCUUGGUCCCAAUUAUGAAAUAUAUCGCCCAAUAGGCAAGGGACAACAGUAUAUUUACUGCCACAAAGAUUUCGGUAUAGCAUUUGGAGGCACGUCCUCCUACAAUGGACCCCCUGCCAGUCAACACCAGCGCAGCCGAACCUCCACCUCACCCUCGCCACAAAACGCAUUCCUACUGACGUUGGAUGACAGCUUACAGAAAGGCACAUACGUACAAGAUGCAUUCCCAGCUGCCCCUACAUUUGGCAAGGGUCGAACACGAGAAAAGUUCGCAUAUUUCUUUGAAACAGCUAGCAUGGAAGUGUUUGGCAUGGGCGGCCAAAAAGCAAGAGUGACACAAGCAAGCGAUUGGCAGUUCGAUAAGCAGGAAGCUGAAAGGCGAGCAGGAGUUAACAUCAGAAAAGACGGCAAAGGCGUUGAUCGUCAGCUGUUACAAAUGGCUGGUGUUAUAGACGACGAUGUCGGGCAAGAUAAAUAAUGCAUAUUGUUAGCCACCAACCAUCUUAUAUACUGUAAAUUUUUCUCAAUAAACACCCAGCAAGACUUAAUCAUGUCACAGCUCAGUGCUCGCUAUC